AACAGAUAAUAGUAGUGGUUAUACGAUGGUAUCCUCGAUGUGUUAGUAGUAACGGUGUAUUUGCGUGUAGUGCCGACGAGGGCGCAGUCGUCGGGUUUCGCGGCGCCACCGGUUCAUUCCGCCAUCGGCGCCCGCGACGUACGGACGUGCGUGUCGAGACAGAAAGAGACAGAGUGAGAUAGAGAGAGAGAGAAAGAGAGAGAGAGAGAGAGAGAGAGAGAAGAAAGGAAGGAGAAAGAGAUAGAGACAGGGACGCGCUACGACUUUCAACAAGAGAGAAAGAAAGAAAAAGGAAGAGAGAGAGAGAGAGAGAGAGAGGGAGAAAGAAGACCAAUUAUUUCGUGUGCAAACGAUCAUCUUCGCGAUCUCUGUGCGUGUUCGUCUUCGGCUAUAUAUGUCCUACUGAGUUUGUAUUCGCGCGAACGACAAACGACGUUGAGGUAUUCGACAAACGAGACGCACGGUGCUCGUCUGGCGGAGUGAGAAAGGUCGGUUAUUAGCGAGUUUAUAAACGGACAAGAUAGAUAAGUAUAAGAUAGAGAUAACUAAAGAGAGAUAUUGAGAAAGGAAUCGUCGUGGAAAGACGCGCGCGCGGUACUUUUUCGCGAAGAAGCGAGCGAACGAGCGAGUUAACGGUGUCGAGCAGCAGAGUUCUUCGUGCUCUGGUGGUAGUGUGGUUGAUUGGUGUUGGCCGGUAAUAGUUGUUAUUGUUGUUCUAGUAAUAGUAAGUAGUAGUAAUAGUAAUAAUAAUAAUAGUAUUAGUGGUGGAUGAUAGAAUAAUAACGCGCUCUUGAUUCCGAGUGUAAACAAGUGCUACGAGAGAAGGAGGAAGAGGAGAAUAGAAAAAAUAGAGGAAAAGUAAAAGGGAGAAGAGGAGGGGAAAACGACAAUAGUUAUAUUUUCCAAGUAAAAGUGUCCCUCGAUAUAUCGGAUAUAAGGAUAUAAUAACGAAUAAAAACGCGAAGAAGAGGAAGACGAAAGGAGGGCGCGGGAGCUCGGGCGGGGGGCACCUGGAAAGGGUGGGAAGGAACGAAGGAAAAGGUACGACGAGUAAUAGUAAAGUACGAUUAGCAAACGGCAUCGGCUCUGGUGGCAGUUGCUGCUGCGACGGGUGUACCCCCUCGUCGCUCGCUCGCUCGCUCGCUCGUUCGCUUUGCCACCACCCCCCGUCGCCCCCUGCCUUUCCCCCCCGCCCUCUCCUCUCCACGCUCUCCGCGACCGUUCGUAUCCUCCUCGGGACGACGCCACCGUCGAGACGCGUCGUACCGGGGCUCGACUCUCGCGCGAGGGGAGAGGACCGACGGUGAGAGAGAGAGAGAGAAAGAAAGAGAGAGCGAGUGAGUGAGUGUGAGUGAGUGAGAGACGAAGAUAGAGAAAGACGGAUAGCCUGCUUGCGAGACAGGAGCAAGGGAAGGAGGAGGAACAGCAGUGGCACUACGGCAGUGUGUAACGUUGUCGGUGAGAAAAGGAGAACGAGAGAAGAGGAUCAAAGAAGAGGAGAGAGAGAGUGAGAGAGAAAGAGAAGGAACGAACGAACGAACGUACGAACGUACGUGUGCUGUCUCUCUACCUGUGCUGAAUCCCUCUCUCACGAAAGUGCGACUUGGAAGGCCUUGCUCCGAUCUCUUAGGCAUCGCGAGCAGGCAACUCGAACGAAAGAACGAACGAGCGACGACGAGCAGUCAGGCAGGCCAAGCGAGCGAGCAAGAAGAAGCCGAGGAGGAGAAGAAGAAGAAGAAGAAGAAGGUGGUGGUGGAGGAGGAGGAAGAGGAGGAGGCGGCCAGGCCUCUCGUCGCGUCGUCCAACGACGCGGGAUAUUUCCUUUUGGUUAGGAUUGCGUCCAAGGUUCUAGGAUCGAACAAAACACCCUUCGAACUUCGAUCCCUCAUCGAUGUGAGGCAUGCGAGCUGAAAGUCCGUGGAUCUCCGUGAGAGCAAAGGUGUGAUGGUGCCCCGUGGAGCCGGCUUUUACUAUGAGUUGAGACCUCGUAAUUAAUUGGGACUGGCAUGGAGAAGGAGAACUCCGCAUCAGGCGGAGGUGGCGGAGGUGAAGCGGCGGCAACAGCAACGCCGGGCUCCACCUCCACCUCCGAGAAGCUCCAGGCGGACCAGGCCAAUCCGCUGCUCGAUCCCACUACACUUUUUGGUGCGUACUGGCCACGAGGAGAUAGCGCAGCUUCAUCUCUUUUCGGCGGGAUGCCUGGAGGCUACGGAUUGGGGGCACAUCACUUACCGUCGGCUUAUGCCAUUCUUGGCCGUGGGGGUUCAGCGCCUGGUUUUGGGGGUCACACACCGGCAUCCGCACCACCACCACCCCCAUACUCGCACAGUAGUCUCGGUACUCUCAGUGUGGCUGCCAGUCAAGCUGCGAGUCUGGGUAUAACUCCUGCUAGUGCGGCAUGGUGGACAAUGGCCUCACAUUUAGCGGCACAGGACUACCUCGCGAGAUUGCAGGGUGCGACAGGACUCCCAGGUUUUCCACCUGGCGCGGAGAGUCUUUUACCGCCUUACCCUGCUUCUCUGUUGAAUCCCCCAUCCCUUUCAUCCCACAAGUCUACCAAGUCUAAGUCGAGCAAGAGUCACAAGACACCGGCGAGCAGCAGUAGCUCGACAACGCCGAGUAUGACGAGCAGUAGUUUGCCGGUGUCGAGUCAGGCCACGGUAACACCAACGCAUCACAAUACCUCGGCAAGCAGCACGCCAAAUUCGCAAACGAACGUUGUCAGCAGCUCUGCGAAGGAAGGAAGCGAUCCUAGCAGUAUAUUGGGAGGUGUGCGUUUGCCUCCUGACACGGAGAUCAUAAAGUAUACCUCGAGUAUAGUCGGUCCAAAAGUUCCUGGUACGACGAAUCGUGGCAGGAAGAAGACGAUCUCUUUGGAUACACCGAGUGUCAGUGUUCAUCCACCGGCGGUACCUACGUUGAGUGCUCAUCAGACGAACACAACCUCGUCGUCCUUGAUGAUGGAGCCAAGAAAGUACAAUCGUACAGGGACCGAGUCGAACGAGUAUCGAGAGUCCGUAGAUCGCGUGGAGGUGAUCAAAUUACCGGCCCACUCAACCAAUGGCUCCGUAUUGCCAGCACCGUCGGCGUACACCAGUGGUGGCAACAACGCGACCAACUCAAAUGACUCUGAUGCUCCAUUAAAUUUAUCCCUUAAACCUGCUACGACGAGUAGUAGCUCGCCGAUUUCCGGCAGUCAGCCGCUCAGUCAGCUCAGCAAUUUGAGCCAAUCCCUGCUUGCCUCUGAUCGGACGUCGAGACGAAAACCCGGACCAAAGCCGAGAAGAGUGCCGCAAAAUUCGGUACCAGUCCCUGCCUCGCCUAGUCCCUCAUUGGCACAAUUAUUUGCCGCUGCGGAUUCGCCGCAGAGGCCGAGCAGCGGUAGCGAGGAAAGCGAGAGUGCCAGUACGACCCAUCACAAAGAUGGUCGUCCUCGUAAUCUUGGUCGAGGCGUCUCAAAGCCGAAGAAGAACACUGUCGCGUCUUUGCUCGCACAGAGCAGAGCAUUGGGCAUAAAGCCCACGCCAACGUUGGAUCCUAGCGUGCCAUUGUCACACCAGGUCUCGUUGUUGAGGUCGAACAUUCUUGCUGCACAAUUGCAUGCCUCGGCAACGGGCCAGGUUGACGACAAGAAUCAGCGAUCUUUACAGGAGAAGAUGAAGAACAAAUUGCUGGAGGCGUCGGGCGAGGAAAGCAAUAUGGACGUUACCAGUGAAAGCGGUAGCAACACCGACGUCGUCACCGACACAGACGACGAUAACGCCGAGGGUACGCCCAGUGCAAAGAGAAGAAAGCUAAAGCCAAGCGAAAGGGACCUGCAGAUGCCCUUGGAACGUGGUUGGAAACGAGAGACUGUUAUCAAGGGACUAGGAAAGACUGGAGUUAUUAAGGGCGAUGUGUCCUAUUAUAGUCCCUGUGGUAAAACGUUUAGAUGCAGUCCCGAUCUAGUGAAGUUUUUGGAACAACAGAAUCCCGCCGAGCUUACGACAGCGAACUUUUCGUUCUCGUCCCGUCCAUUGGUCGGUGAGUUUCUCCAACCGACGAUGGGUCUGGCCGAGGCAGAGUUCGUAAGGCUCGGUGCUCAAGAGGUAGCGAGACGUCUCGAAGAGCUCAGAGCUGCCGGUGGUUUCAGGGACAUACGAACUAACAAUCAAUACGAGAGAGACAAACUGGCAUAUGCGAAGAAACUCGCUAAGGAGGAGGCACAACGGCACAAAGAGCAGGCCAGGCUCAUCAAGGAACAAGAGAAGACGGAACGGCAAGAGGCAGUGAGGCGAGAACGAGAGAUUAGAAAUCAACAGCUCCUCGAGGGUCGAAAGAGGCUCGCGUUCACGAUCAAGCAGAAAAUGAAGAUCAUCCAAGAGAUCGAGCGUGGGAAGAGCAAGAGCGACGUUGCGAGAGAACUAGGUCUGGCUAGUAGCACCGUCGCGACGAUCUGGAAAAAUCGUGAGAGCAUCGCCGAGAGCUGGAGAAAUCGUGACAUGAUGCAACAGCAGCAACAACAACAGCAGCAACAACAACAACAACAACAACAACAACAGCAGCAUCAACAGCAUCAUCAUCAGCUCCAUCAUCAACAACAAGUAAUAGAUCAGGAAGAAGCUAUACUAUUGAAGAAGCAAACGCUAUCUUCCGUAUCUCCGGUCGCUUUGAGCCUCUGCUCGGGUACGUCCCCGUUGACGAACUCGAGUAUAUCGAAUUUGAACGUCCUACCGGUAACGACGACGACGACGAUGAACGUCGUACCGACGACGUGCAUCGUCGGUUCGACUAAUAAUUCGAGCGCUAUCUCCCCAACUACACCUCUCAUGUUGACGUCUACGAGCAAUUCGACGAAUAUCUCGACUAAUACAGCGACGAUGAUGAGCAACAACAACAACAACAGCAAUAACAACAACAACAAUAACAAUAAUAACAACAGCAAUAACAAUAACAACAAUAACAACAACAAUAGCAGUAGCAGCAGCAGCAGCAGUAACAUCAAUCAUGCUACGAUCAUGUUAGGCGGGGCACCACCGACCGCCACCGUCGUCGCGACGGCUCCUCAAGUAAAUUCCCUCCUACCCUCGGCUACGGCACUCCAGCUGACCGCCAACAACCCUGUGAAUGCUGCCAACGCAGUCAUCAACGCCGCCUCAAACGCAGCCGCAGCAGCAGCAGCCAUCGCAACACUCACGGCUCUCCCAUCGACCUCCUCCUCUUCUUCUUCAUCUUCUUCUUCUUCUACCUCCUCCUCCUCGUCUAUUUGUUCCAUCUCGUCCACCUCGCAACAACAACAACAACAACAACAACAACACCAACAACUACUACUACAUCAACAACAACAACAACAACAACAACAACAACAACAGGCCGUCCAACCGACGACGCCACCCUCCUCGACGUCCACCGGUACCGCGACGAUCGCCGUUCAACCGGACAAUACCCAGCAGGCCCAGACCCAGACGCAAAGUGGUCAGGAACUUCUGGAGGCGCGGAAAAAACGGCAGGAAGAGGUGGAGAAGAUCCGACUGGAAGAGCAACAACGAAAGCAACAGGAACGCGAAUUGAAGAGGCAACAGGCGGUGAUGUUCAAGGAGCAGAUGUACAUGCAGGAGCUCACCAAGCAGCGCGAGAUGCUCUACACCGUCGAGCUGGAACGAGAAAGAAGGAGACAACACAUGGCUUUGGUCAGAGCACUUGAGAAUCGUCGUAAGAUGGAAGAGAGAGAGAAAAAACGAUUGGAGGCAAGAGCCGAGAGAAUAGCCACGAAAGAGAAACGUGCAGAGCAAAGGAAGGUUGAGAUGGAAUUGAUAGAACAGAUUAGAAAACCCGUCGAAGACAUGGAACUGACAGAUCACCGAGCUCUGCCAGAAAUCAAGAGAAUACCUGGACUGAAAUUAUCGGGACAGGCCUUCGCCGAUAUAGUCAUGGUCUUUGAGUUUCUUCAUAAUUUUGGUGAAACUUUGGGUUUUGACAUGGAAUCCCUACCGAGUCUAAAGAGUUUGCAAUUGGCUCUGUUGAACGACGAAGAGGCCGAGGAGGAAAUGCUUUCUGUGAUGACACAUCUUUUGGUGUGUGCUAUCGAAGACCCAGGCAUUCCACAACCAGCAAGACAUACUACUGGCCUUGGACAAAGUUUAAGACAGGCUGACAUCACUCAUGCUAAUAUCAGCGAGGUUCUAAGAAUUUAUCUUUACGCGAACGCGACCGGUGAGGUGAAGGCUCUCACGGGAGUAUGCCUGGAACGUGAACGUGACAAGAGAUUUGCCGAUCAUCAUCAGAACGGUGGCGAUUAUGCCUCGACGUGUUCGGGCAAGAACGCUCAGUUCUAUGAGCAUUUGCACAAUAAUGAAACAUGGAAAAUGUCAGAGAGGUUAAGAGACAAGCCAUUCCUUGCACUUAAUCCAACGCACAAGGCACAAAUGUUAGCGUUCCUUUGUAACGAGCUAUUGCAAAAUAAGGCUGUGAUUAGGCAAAUCGAAGGUAGCCUGGAAACAGUGGCUCAGUUGAGAAAGGAAAGAUUCGUUUUGGAUACAAAGAUCAGAAAGCUUAGACAAUUACAUAGUCGUAAAGUGAGAAUGGAAGCGGUUGGGGUAAUAGUGAAUAAAACCGGUGACACGAUCACCAUCGAGAAAAAAGAAGUUGACGAGGAAGGUAAUACAACGUCUACGGCGGUAGGUACAACGCCUACUCCUGAUGAGAUUCAUCACGAGGACGAGGUCGAGGAUAUGUCGGAAAACGAGAGCGAAGGAACGCAACCUGAAGAGGAGGAGGAUAAAAAUCUGUCAGGCGAGGAACUCGGCAAAAAGUUGGAUAAACUUUUAAAGCAGUCGGAGGAACAGCUGCAGAAACUGAAUAGCUCGUCUAAGCAAUUACGCGCUCACAUAUUUGGACAGGACAGGUAUUGGAGGAGAUACUGGGAAUUGGCGUGCGCCGGUGGUAUAUUCGUCGAAGCUAUGGAAAGCGCGGAACCCGAGGUCUUGGAAUUGCAAGCAGAAUUAGACGAAAAGUACAAAGAUAUGCCGGUUGAGGAUAAGACCGAGACGAAACAGGAGGAUGGGAAACCUAACACGGAGAAUAGAGAGAACGAAGCACCGAACGAACCUAUGAAGGAUGAGAAGAAAUUGAAUGUGAACCAGGAUGAGGAGGAUACGAAAUCUCAACCUAAGGAUAAAAAAACCGACUACGAGGAAAUUAAUUGUAAGAAGGAACCCGUGCAGAAUUGUGGCUUGGAUAACACGGAUAACGUGAAGGAAGAGAGGAGACACGAUGGUGACAGCAUGAUGACCGAUGCGAAGACCAACGUGACUUCCGAAGAGAUAAAGCAAGAAACGGAGAUUGUCAAAAUGGAGGUCGACGUGAAGAUGGAAGAGCCGAAAAAGGAAAACGAAGAAAUGGACGAGGAAAUGCCGAAGCCAGUCGUCAAGAUGAUGGAGGAUAAGAUCGUCGAGACGAUACCAAAUGGCGACAAGUUCAAUCACAUCAACAAUCUCCACAACGGCAAGGAACUCAACGGCA